AUGUCACAGACCCGAGAACCCGUUCACGACCCGUUUAAGCAUUUCAAACUCUUCACCUGUUCCAAUGAGAAGAGCUGUGAUCGUCAGACGACGUCGUUGAAAGGUGUUCUGUUGGUGCUCCUGAUCGCCUCCAUUUCACUCUUCUUUUACUCGGCGUUUGUGAGCCAAACCCGGUUGGUUAGCUGCCCCGAAUGCCAUAAGCCGACCCUAAACAUCUCACGAAUCUCUCAACACUGCGGUGUGUCGGGCAAAAAUCCCGGACCCACCAACAUUUCCCACAUUGUUUUCGGCAUUGGCGGGUCAUCCCAGACAUGGAAGGACCGGAAACAAUACAGCGAACUCUGGUGGCAGCCAAACACCACACGUGGGUUCGUUUGGCUUGACCAGAAACCCGACGUGAAUACCAUUUGGCCCGAAAACUCACCUCCCUGUCGGGUCUCCUCCGACUGGACACAGUUCAAGUACACUUCCUCUCAAUCCGCGGUCCGGCUCGCCCGUGUUAUCUUGGACGCGUUUCGGGUCGGAUUACCCAACGUGAGAUGGUUUGUGAUGGGAGAUGAUGAUACGGUGUUUUUCACUGAUAACUUAGUUUCGGUGUUAGCGAGGUAUGAUCACCGUCAGAUGCACUAUAUUGGCGGGAAUUCCGAGAGUGUGGAGCAAAAUGUGAUGCAUUCGUAUGAUACGGCCUUUGGUGGUGGGGGUUUCGCAAUUAGUUAUACGUUAGCUGCUGAGUUGAUCAAAGUAUUGGACGGUUGUCUGGACAGGUAUCACAAUUUCUACGGCUCUGAUGAGAGGGUGUCGGCCUGUGUGCGUGAGCUUGGUGUUUCUGUCACUAAAGAACGUGGGUUCCACCAGGUUGAUAUUCGAGGCGAUCCGUAUGGCCUCUUAGCAGCACAUCCACUGGCACCACUUGUAUCACUCCAUCAUCUUGAUGAUGUACUACCAUUGUUCCCUAAACAGACUCAGCAUGAGUCGUUAAGGACACUGGUCCAAGCAUACCAUGUUGACCCGGCUCGAACAAUGCAGCAAUGUUUUUGCAACUACCGGAACCAUACCACAUUGUCAGCAUCAAUCUCUUGGUCAGUCUCCAUCUCAUGGGGAUAUACAGUUCAGAUAUACCCUUUCUUGUUGGAGGCCAUUGAUUUGGGGACCCCGUUGCAGACGUUUAAGACGUGGAGGAGUUGGAGUGACGGUCCUUUCACGUUCAAUACCCGGCCUGUGAACCCUGAUCCAUGCCAGCAGCCUGUGAUUUUUCACUUUGAUUGGGUUAAGGAGAAUGGAAAUGGUAAAAGCUUGACGAGUUAUAAGAGGACUGUGGUUGAACCAGAGAACAAGUGUGACAAAGCAGACUAUGCCGGUGCAGUAGCUGUGGAGAGAAUUAUAGUCUCAGCAUUGAAGAUGGACCCUGAAGAGUGGAAUAAGGCGCCACGUAGACAGUGCUGUGAGGUUAGUAGCUUGAAAAAUGGCAUCUUGAAGAUGAGGAUUAGAAGCUGCAAGCAAUGGGAAACUGUCAUUGCUUAG